CAGCAGUUGAUGAAAACAGCGAGGAAUGGUACCAGGGACGGUUUAGAAGAGACAAAGUUAUCCAUGAUGCGUAAAGUGUCUUUCCUGCAGAGAAAAGACUUCACAGGUGAAGGAAAGGACGAUGCAGGUUACAUGGAUGUGUCUGUGUGUGAGAUAAAACACCCUCCACCACAACUCUGCCCCGUGCCAGAGGGGCUCAGCAGUCAGCAGAUUGUCAGACGCCUCAUCCUUGGCUCCAUUGUGCAGAGUGAGAGCAGCUACCUGGACUCUCUCAAGAGAAUCCUGCAGGAGUACCAUAGACCUUUGCAGGAGUCACAGAACUGGAUCUUAAACCCCAAGAAGGUGCAUCAGAUAUUUUACCGUCUGCAGGAGAUCUAUCAGUGUCACUCCAUGUUCCAGAUCGCUCUGGCAUCACGCGUGGCUGAGUGGGAUCACAGCGAGAAGAUCGGAGACCUGUUUGUGGCCUCGUUUUCCAAGUCCAUGGUGCUGAAUGUGUACAGUGAUUACAUCAACAACUUCACUAACGCCAUGGCGCUCAUCAAGAAGGCCUGCGUGUCUAAACCUGCUUUCCUGGACUUUCUGAAGAAGAAGCAGGCGUCCAGUCCAGACAGGAUCACACUGUACGGUCUGAUGGUGAAACCUAUUCAACGCUUUCCUCAGUUCAUUCUGCUGCUGCAGGACAUGUUGAAGAGCACACCAAAGUCCCACACUGACCGUCUGCCUCUGCAGCUGGCUCUCACCGAGCUGGAGACGUUGGCUAAGAAACUGAAUGAACAGAAGCGUCUGGCUGACCAGGAAGCUGAGAUCCAGCUGCUGGCACACAGCGCAGGAGACCGCAACCUCAACAAGUUGUUGAACUCUCAGCAGAGGCAGCUGAUCCAGUGUGAGCUGCUGACUGAAGUCGUUUACGGUGAAAAAGGUCAAAUUGUCAAGUCUAAGGAGAGGAAGGUGUUCCUCCUCAAUGACACGGUGAUCUGUGCUAAUGUCAACCUCAAGUAAGUACCUCACAGGGGUCCCCCAGACAUCAGCAGCCUGGUCCCCGUUGGUCCUAAGUACUCAGUGAAGUGGUGCACUCCUCUGCUGCAGACGGAGGUGAUGGAGGUGGGACAGGACAGUCUGCAGAGCAAAGACAGCGUAGUCACAGCCAGACGACGCAGCCCCGCCUUCAGCCCCGCCGGUAAAGUGUUCCUGGGUCCUCCCAGAUUGUACCAAGAGCUGGAGGAGCUGCAGCAUGACCUGGCUGUGGUGGAGGAGGUGUCACUGCUGGUGGGAACACUCACUGGAACCUACCAGAAUCUGAACAGCACAGUGUCUCAGGACUGGUGUCUUGCCCUGAACAGGCUCAUCCGUCUGAAGGAGGAGGAGAUCCAGAACGCCAACAAGUGUCGCCUGCGUCUGUCUGUCCCAGGAAAACCUGACAGGUCUGGUCGUCCAGUGAGCGUCAUGGUGGUCUUCAACACUCCUAGCCCCAUCAGUAAGAUCUCCUGGGUGAACCGGCUUCACAUCGCCAAGAUUGCUCUGAGGGAAGAAAACACUCCAGGGUGGGAAUAUGCUGAAGAAGAUGAAAAGACUAAAUCUCCACUCAGUUGUCCAUUGUUGACUGGAAGACUUCCUGUUUUCUCCUCCAAAACACACACACUGAAGCUGGAGGCAGCUCUUCACAGUCCUUCUCAGUCCAGCCUGCUUGGUUUCUGCACUGCCAGUACGUGUUUACCACAGGGUUACCUCUGGGUUGCAGGUGGAGGAGGCAGCUCCAACCACGGCCACGUAGAGAUCUUCUCCCUGAACCGAGCCAUCCCCCGGCCGGUCAAGAGUAUCCCACUGAGGGCUCCGGUCCUGUGUGUGGAGUAUGUGAAGGAGCCAUGUCACAUCACAGAGGAGAAGGAGGCUGAGAGAGCUCACAGUGCAGCCAAGAUAGGAAACAUCAUCUGCGUUGGUCUGCAGGAUGGCAGCAUCCAUGUGUACAGCACUGUGGACACAUCUGUUCAGUGCCUGCUGAUCUUGGCGAUAGACAGCUGUCCAGUUCUCUGCAUCAAACAUUCACUGUCCUUCCUCUUUGCUGGACUGGCCAACGGUAAAGUAGCGGUGUACCACACAAAGACUGGAGAGAGACUGUGGGACAUGAACUCAUGUAGGUUGGUGUCUCUGGGAUCUGAUCCGGUCUUCAGUCUAUUGACUCUUGAAGACACUGUAUGGGCCAGCUGUGCAAACCAAGUCACAGUCAUCCAAGGAUCCAGCCUCCUCAGCCAGAGCUUUGAAGCCCACUCUGAUCCAGGCUGCAAGGUCAGCCAUAUGGUUCAUUCAGGUGGGGGGGUUUGGAUGGCUUUCACCCAGGGGUCCUCCAUUCACCUGUUUCACACGGAGACCUUGGAACCGCUGCAGGAAAUCAACAUCUCCACCCGCACCGCCCAUCUGACACCAGGCAAGGUUUGUGUCUCCAGUUUGCUGACCUGCCAGGGUCUGCUGUGGGUGGGGACCAGCCAGGGCAUCAUCCUCACCUUCCCUGUACCCACCCUAGAGGGUAUCCCCAAGAUCACAGGUAAAGGGAUGACGUCUCUGAAUGCUCACUGUGGUCCAGUUGACUUCCUGGUGUCAACUUCCUGCACUCUGGCCUCUGAUGUGCUCAGACGGGACUCCAUAUUCAACGGAGGUGAGGAGGGCACUAACGGAGAAGAACGAAGUGGGACGGGAGGAGAUAAAGAAACACAGAGAAUACAGCAGUUCAACUCCUCCCAUGGCUCAGAGGCUUUUUUACCAAAGGAGGAGAAGCCCAAGCGUCUCCUGCUACAGUACCGCCUUCGCUCCACCUGCCAACUGCCCGGGAAGCUGCUGACAGCCCAGUCAGAUGAGGGCAACCCAAGAGCCGCCACAGAUUCUCUAGAGCACAGCCCAGAGGACGGCUCCAUCUACGAAGUGAACGAGGACCCUGACGUGUGGGUGAGGGGACGGCCUGUGGAGGUGGGGAAGGAGGGGGAUUCCAGGCGCAGCAAAGUCACCUCAACAGCUAUCUUCUCUGGAGGCAGAGGACACCGCAGGAUAGGACAGACAGCCUCAGCAGAUACCAGCUCAGACCCCAGUGAAAACACUCUGCUAGUAUGGCAGCUGCCUUUAACUCUCAGCCAAUGA